GGGGAAGCAACACAUAUAUUGAACCUCUAGGAGUUCAACUUUGAUUCAACAACUUUAUAUAUACACGUCGCAACAUUUACUAGUUUUUUUUGAAACUUAAGAACCAAAUUAUUGUAUACAUAACUCAUCAUGAUCUAAUUUUGGUAUUAUAUAAACCAUUUGAUUCUCUGAUGCAGAUCCCUUAGGUUAAGACAUAAAACUCGAUGAAUGUUUUUGUCAUGAUGUUCACUAGAUUCCAAAUACUUGAGUUCCGAAUCCAAUAUCAUCACCAUAAUGGCAUCAGUUAUAGCUAGCUGCUAAAUAAGAAUUUAAUUCUCCGGCCCGGCUGGCAUUUUCUUCCUACUACUGUAUUGUUCAAAUUUUUCCUCUUUCUUGCCGAUAUACAUAUAAGAUUGAAAGCUCUUCUUCCUCAUUACUCACCAACAUUUUCUUGCUUUUUUAGGCGACAAACACAAUAUCCCUAGUUACAAAUUUAAUUUCAAUGGAAGCAACAAACAGGUACAUAGCGAUUAAGCAUCUGGUUGAUGAAGCAGCUCAAGAAUCUGAUUUUGAGCUCAAAACGGAAACUUUUACCCUUUCGAUUGAGCCCCGGAAAAAAGAAGUUAUUGUGAAGAAUCUGUACCUUUCUGUUGAUCCGUACCAAAUCAACCGAAUGAAGAUCAAAAGUUCUUCCCAAAAAGCCUCUGAUUUUGCUGGUGCCAUCAUCCCUGGAGAGCCCAUUGAGGCAUUUGGUGUGGGAAGAGUUGUGGAUUCCGGCAACCCUGAAUUUGAGAAGGGUGACUUGGUUGCCGGGCUGCUGAACUGGGGAGAAUACAGCAGAAUCAAAGAGGGCGGCCUGUUGAAUAAAGUGGAUUCUACCUUAGGACUUCCACUCUCUUACCACGUUGGAGUGUUAGCAUUCAGUGGGCUGACAGCUUACGCUGGAUUUUUCGAGGUUUGUAAACCCAAAGCAGGCGAAAAAGUGUUCGUUUCUGCUGCUUCUGGAUCAGUUGGUCAUUUAGUCGGACAGUACGCUAAGCUCUUCGGAUGCUAUGUUGUUGGUUGUGCUGGUACCCAACAAAAGGUAGAUUUGCUCAAGGGAAAGCUUGGUUUUGAUGAUGCAUUCAACUACAAAGAAGAAAUUGAUCUUAAAGCUGCACUCAAAAGGUGCUUUCCUGAUGGAAUCGACAUAUAUUUCGAUAACGUGGGGGGAGACAUGCUUGAAGCAGCGGUCGAAAACAUGAAUUCAUUUGGAAGAGUUGCUGUUUGUGGUGUUAUAUCUGAGUAUACAGACAAAGGCAAACGUGCUGCUCCAAACAUGAUCGAUGUUGUGUACAAGAGGAUCACGAUUCGGGGAUUUCUAGCCGCGGAUUACAUGAAUGUCUACGGCGAUUACCUUGCUGCGACGCUAGAACAUCUGCGCAAUGGGAAAAUGCAUGCUCUUGACGACAUUUCUCGUGGCGUGGAAAGCAUUCCAUCUGCUUUUCUUGGACUUUUUCGGGGCGAUAACAUUGGAAAGAAGAUUGUUCAGGUUGCUGACGAAUGAUGCGAACUUGCUGAGCUUGCUUGAUUUUAGUUGCAACAACGAUUUCAAGUUGCUGAAAAUGGGGUAGGUGGGAUGGUUAUACAAGACCAAAAGCGUACAUUUUGACUUCUCUUAGCCGACAACUUUACAAUAAUUCUGAACAGAUCAUUGUUACAAUUAUAGCAUUAAUCUAAGACUCCAUUUAGACAAGAGUUUUGAAAAGUUGUUCAGAAAAGUCUGUUUGAAGCAAAAGUUGAAAAAGUAAUUUUUAGAAGGAAGUUGCUAAAAUUAAUGACUAAAGUGAAGUCAAGGGGACCAAUAGUGGUGAUCACCUUGGUCGUCAGGUUCUUUCAUUUCGCCCAUACAAUGAAAGAAUCCUGGUGCUGCCAUCGAUCUUCUUAAGCCAGCGACCCCACAAGGUUGAUGCUAGAGGACUAAAUUUAAGCCUCCUGACCCACAAAGAGGGAGGAGCAAGGCAUCUAGAUUUACCUUUAGAAUUUAGAAGAGAUUAUACUCCCUCCGAUCUUUUAUUAUAGAGCAUAUUGAUUUGUCCUAAAUUUCGUUUAGUAUGUUGUUUCAAUUAAAAAGGACCGGAGGGGCACGCGUGUAGAUGUUGAAAGAAUUAUUGUGUGUAUUAUUCACAUGAUACAUUGUGGUAUUUAUAGUGCAAUAGUGUAACAACCCUAACCGUCUACAUAGGAAACCCUAAUUAGG